GCGGUGCGGGUGGGCGGGAUGCGCGGGGCGCGCAUGUGCGUGGGCGGUGGCGGCCGUGGUGGUUGUGAUUGUGGGUGGGCGCAGGCCCGGGCGGCGAGGUGAGCCGGCAGCAUUUCCCGCGUCCCGACUAGCAUCCCACAUCCUGACGUGCUUCUCCAGGACGGGACCGCGAGAGUAGCCGUGCCUCUGACGCGCCAGUGUCCCUGUGACUCACUGCUGCAGCAGGAGGAAAGCUUUUUCUUGGCGUUGUGUGGAGCCGGGAGAGGAGCUCGGCAAGAUGAAAACGAUGACAGGAUCAAACGAGUUCAAACUAAAUCAGACUCCAGAUGAUGGGAUUUCAUCAGUGAAGUUUAGUCCAAAUACGUCUCAGUUUCUGCUUGUUUCAUCCUGGGACACAACUGUCCGGCUCUAUGAUGUUCCUGCCAACACCAUGAGACUCAAAUAUCAGCAUUCCGGAGCUGUCCUGGACUGUGCUUUUUAUGACCCUACCCACGCCUGGAGUGGAGGAUUAGAUCAGCAGUUGAAGAUGCAUGAUCUGAACACAGACCAAGAAAACCUCGUUGGUGCCCAUGAUGCUCCCAUCAGAUGUGUUGAGUAUUGCCCAGAAGUGAAUGUCAUGGUGACAGGAAGCUGGGAUCAGACAGUUAAGCUGUGGGAUCCCAGAACUCCUUGUAAUGCUGGGACCUUCUCUCAGCCUGAAAAGGUGUACACGCUUUCUGUGUCUGGAGACAGACUGAUUGUGGGGACAGCUGGCCGGAGGGUUCUGGUGUGGGAUUUGCGGAACAUGGGUUAUGUUCAGCAGCGCAGAGAAUCCAGCCUGAAAUACCAGACCCGCUGUAUCAGAGCAUUUCCGAACAAACAGGGCUAUGUGUUGAGUUCUAUUGAAGGCCGUGUGGCAGUGGAAUACUUGGAUCCGAGUCCAGAAAUCCAGAAGAAGAAAUAUGCAUUCAAAUGUCACCGCUUGAAGGAAAACAACAUUGAGCAGAUUUAUCCAGUCAAUGCUAUUUCUUUCCAUAAUGUCCACAACACGUUUGCUACAGGUGGUUCAGAUGGGUUUGUAAACAUCUGGGAUCCGUUCAAUAAGAAGCGGCUGUGCCAGUUCCAUCGGUACCCCACCAGCAUAGCAUCGCUUGCCUUCAGCAAUGACGGAACCACCUUGGCGAUCGCCUCUUCGUACAUGUAUGAAAUGGAUGACAUCGAGCACCCUGAAGAUGGUAUCUAUAUUCGCCAAGUGACAGACGCAGAAACAAAGCCGAAGUCUACUUAGACCCUGGCGAUGCUGCUUCUCCACAAGAGGUGCCCACCUGCUCCUAACACAACUGAACUGAAGCAGCAGAAGUGAGAAGAACAAUCUUUAUACUGAUGUUUUUAUCCAGGAACUAUUUGUUUGUAUAGUGUGGUUUGUCUGAAUCUGUCAUUCCUUUCCCGCUUAUGAUGUUAGCGGAACUGUUUUCUUUAUCUCUGUAGCUCAGUUAGUUCAGUCCCAUAGGCAUCUUUGCAUUUAUAAAAACUUGUCACACUUUGUAGUAUCUAAUUACCAGAACUUCCUAUGGCCUCAUAAUUGUUUAAUAAAUACCUGUAGGUUUUUGGAAAACAAA